AUGGCGGCGCAGCUGCUUGCGCCCCCAGACGCUGAGGACCGUCAGGAGUUCCUUAUUAACUGGAAUGCUGGACCCUUGGGCGUCGUGUUCCGACCUGAUGGGGGCCAAGACGUGCCCCCAGUCGUGGCCCAGCUACUGCCGCAGCCUUCAGUCGUCAAGAUGGCAGGCGUGCGAGAAGGCGACGUGCUUAUCAGCGUCAACGGCAAAAAAACGACGCAUCUCGGCUACGAGAAAGUGGUGCGUCUGCUCUUUAAAGAGCGCCUGCCCAUGAUCUUGCACUUCCGCUCGCGGCAUAUCAUCGAGCGUGGCCGCGGGCGGGCUCAUACAAGCAGCUCGAGACGUUGUCGGACGACGUCUCGACCGCCUUUGGUGGAGACGGAGGAGAAAUGUUGUCCGAAGGUACCCGUCGAGGACAACGUACCCCGUAACCUUCGGAAGACGAAGACGAAAACAAAGACGAGAAGAGACGACGACGAGCGCAAGAGCAGAAGCGUCGAGCCAGGCGAGCGCCGGCGCCAGCGGAAACAGUACAGUGUCGUGUGGGAGCGAGGCUCACUGGGGAUCUCUUUUCGGGCGUACAGCUCGAGCGCAAACGUUCCUUGCGUCGACUUUAUCAGCACGAGCCGCGGCCAAGGACGCAACAUGGACCGCAUCUGCGUUAAUGACGUGCUCGUCGCGAUUAAUGGCGAGAAGACCAAGGCGCUCGGUCUUGAAAAGGUGCUGAGGUGGCUGCAUGUGGUGGACAAGCCCGUGGUGCUGCGGUUCCACGCGUCUUCGAACCGCGUGGUGCUGGACGCAGCAAAUGGACUCUUUGUGGACCCAUUUGAUGCACCGAACGAAGAGGCAUCGAUGCAGACGAGACGCCUGACGGUUCCUCAGCCUGAGGGGGAGCCGGCCCCACGACCUCCGCGUCGUAAUAAUAGUGUGGACCGUGUUGCUCCUCAUCAACACAAAACGAACCGGGGCUAUUGUUACCACAGCGAGGACGAUGUGCAGUCGAUGGAGCCACGGCAGUACUUGAAGGAUUAUACCGCGCAGUUUGAAACACAGUCAAUUGAAGCUCGUGAGCCACAGAAGCAUGGUCAAGCUUCUGACGGCCAAGCCAAGGAGCGACGACAUUCGAAUAGCUCAAUAAGUAGCUACGCGCGAGAUCGAGGGCUCGUGUAUGAAGAAGACGACGGUGGUCCAGAAGACGUUUUUGACUCCCUUCAAGAGCCGCCCAUGCUCGCGCCGCGAUUCAAUGUAAAAAGUGACACGCGCAUGAUGUCGCACCGUCGCGGACAGCAGGAGGAUGUGGUUAGCUUUCACCGUCAAAAGCAGGAACAGCUGCCACCCGCACGAACGCGUGCUCGUUCAACUGUGACUCAGCAGCAGUAUGCACUACCCGAGAACAAGUCAACACAAUUGAAGUUUACAAUUUCUACUGGAGCAGCACGUUCACCGCUAGCUUCACUCGAUAGUCUCGCGACAAGCAAUUCGUUGCAGAUGAGUUUUGAUGAUGCCGCUGGCAUUGUUGCCCGAGCGACGGGAAAGUCCGUGAAAGAAUGCAAGUUUGGAGGUAUGUCAGUACUAGACAUUAAGGAAGGAACAGUGCAGUCAAAGCUGUUAUUCGUCUAUGCCAAGGCGUGCUUGGCGAAGCAAAACAACCUGGACGACCGAAUCGCGUCGAAAGACCUUCAGCCGCCUUAUACAUCCAGAAACCCGCUCGACCAGGAGUCACACUCCAAUUUGUUACCGUACACCAUAUUACAAAAUGGUGCUAUGGUUCCGACGUGCAAUGAGAAGAACUGUGAUGUUAGCAGUACAAGCGUGGAUGAGCAGAAGGAUAAGUAUAAGGUUGAAGCUGCUGACGAAACGGAUUGUACCAUCGCGCCCAGCAAUCUUGGAUUUUUCGGCCAUAGAUCGGGUGAGAGUAUGCAGACGAUGCAAGGUGACAUUUCCAUUACGGUGUCGCCAGUUGCUGACCGGCCCCUCUCCUCGAUAGACCAUUCAUUUUCGGUCAGUAGUGAUGCUGCCAUCUCGACACUUCAUGCACGAGCGUGCGUAACCCAAGCUGAUGGCUUUAUUUCGCUCAGCGACUUUGCGGUGAAGGAUGGUAGGGUGAUUGAGCACCACGCCACACCGGGGCUUAGCAGCACUGCUACUCCAGUGUUAUUAACGGCUAGCAGUGAUGCAGGAAAGAGUGAGAGGCAGCAAGAGAAGCUCUCACCGGUCAACACGACGGAAGGAAAUUGCGCAGUCGAGACAAAAGCUGAGACUACCGAGGAGUGUGUGGUGGUGGAGUCGGGGUUGAUGAAGCCAGAGGAUGCCUCUUAUUAUGUCACCAGACGAAAAGAUCAAGUAUUGGUUGACCAGCAGACGGAGUCGUCUGAAGUGGUUGUCACGCUUAAAAGAGAGCAUACAGGUAAUGAGGUACAUGAGUAUACUGACAAGAAGCGGAUAGCUGCUGCGCACGAACGCGAAAAUGAUCAUGACGAUGUCGCCAAUAUCGACAGUGGUAACGAGCGGUACUUGGCUGCAAAUGUAGCGUCAAUCGACGGUCUACUCGACUGUUCACUUAGUGACGGUAGUCUGGAUAACAAGGAGAGUAACAAGUAUUGCUACUCUGAUGGUUGUCACGGGGUAAGCUCAAAGAUUUGUGCGGGUGAGAAGGAGUCUGCCAGUACGUCGUUGGACACAAAGGUAGGAUUUGUCCGUGCACGGGAAGUCAAGAAAACGAUUGAGCAUGGAGAUCCAAAGACCUUUGCUAAGCAUGGGAAGCACAAUGAAAACGAAGAAUAUGAAGAGCACAGUGAAGACGACGAUUUCAAGGCAUUGUCCGAUCCGCUAGUGAGCUCGCUUUUCCACGACAAUCCGGAUGUUUGCGAGGUCCUUAAAGACAAACCUGCCCGUGUGGUGCUCGUUAAGAAAAGUGUGAUCGACGAGAUCCAGGAGAUUCUUUGCAGUUUACAAAUGGAGCUGCACUUUGAGCGUCAUUCUACUGUAGCAUUUGGUUCUGCCGCAAGUCCGUCGCUCAGUUUGCCUCAGAGUUGGGAUACGGAGGGUCAGGAUUGCUACCGGUGUGGAAUGACCUGUGAACUAGUAGAGCUGAACGUGGCGGAAGGACAGCGUGAGCUCUGCUGCCCAGAGUGCUGUGAGAUGUUUUUUUCCAGCGAGGACCGCCGAUCAAUCGUAACGAGAAGUAGCACGACGCUGCAGGGUGCGGAUCGACUGAUUGAUGAUAAGGAUACGUUGGCUGAAGCGCUCCGGUAUAGAUCUCAUGGUAGCUCAGUCACAUAUGAGGACAUAGCCCACCCGUGGCUGUACCGCUUGCAGUGCAGCGACACCUCGUUGGCUAUUUGGGACUCAAACACGCCGAAAGCUACUAAACAGGCGGACGAAGAUUGGCUAUGA